AUGGCUUCCGCCUGCAUCAACAACAUCGGAAUGUCACCUGAGCCCUUCUUCUCGUGGGAUCCCGAACCUGACUUUGAGUUCCGUCUUCAAGAUCCCGUUACCAUGCUUCCUGCCGACCAACUCUUCUCCGACGGUAAACUUGUCCCUCUCCACUUCAAACCAACCACCUCCAUCUCCGCUACUACUUCUCCCAAGAAAGCCACCGCUUCCAUAACAACCUCCGACCCCAUUCUCUUCUCUCCUAAAGCACCACGUUGCUCCAGCCGCUGGAAAGACCUUCUCGGCCUCAAAAAACUCUACAGCUCCACCAACACAACAACAACAUCAACAACCAAGACAUCUCCGGCUACUUCAUCCUCUCCUUCAAACAAAUCCUUCAAACACCUCCUCAACCGGAACUCCAAAACGACGUCGUCAUCAGACAACGGUUCUCUCAGUCUUCCUCUACUUCGAGACUCCGACAACGAAUCACUCUCGAUCUCUUCUCGUCUCUCGCUUUCCUCCUCAUCUUCAAGCCACGACCACGACGAUCUCCCACGGCUCUCUCUCGAUUCAGAAAAACCCAACCCGAUUUCCAUCCACCGUAACCCAAACCCGAACCCGAAUCCAAGGAUCCGUUUAGUCAAACCCCGAACAGGCUCCUUCGAUGGAAACAAACCGGAUCAGCACAACAACAAUAACCGCUCCGGGAGAAGCCCGAUCCGGAUGGAAUCAUCCAAUACGCAAGGGUGCAGGGGAGCUUCAGUGGAUAGCCCUAGAUUAAACUCCUCAGGGAAAAUCGUUUUCCAGAGCUUAGAACGUAGCUCGAGUAGUCCCGGGAGUUUCACCGGCGGGCCCCGCUUUAAGCAUCGUGGAAUGGAACGGUCGUAUUCCGCCAAUGUCCGGGUCACUCCGGUUCUCAAUGUCCCGGUUUGUUCAUUAAGAGGCGGUUCAAAAUCCGGUUCGGUUUUCGGGUUUGGGCAGCUUUUUUCUUCCCCGCAGAAAAGAGAAUCUACAUCUGGUGGUAACAGCAAGAGUCAUCCACAUCAACAUCAACACCAACACAGUGUUAGGCAUCAACAACACAAACACCCUUAG